ACCUUCAACAUACGAGAGCUGAUAUUUUGCGAUAUUCACUUUUGAUUACGGUUUUGAAAUACAGAAUACAGAAUGGUUCACAUUAUUUUUCCACCAACAUUGACAGAAGAAGAAGAAAUUCUCAAACAGAAAUAUGCAAAAUUAAGAAAAAAGAAAAAAGCGUUAUUAGCUGCUAGAGCACCAAAACCAGAGAAAGAACAACCAAUCAAUGCACCAACAAAACGAGCGGCUCCAGAAAAUGCAGGAGAUGCCACACAACAAGCUAAAAAAUUAUUGAAGUUAGGGGCAAUUAAGAUAAAAGAAAGUCAGGAAAAGCAGAAUUUUAAAAGAUCAAAGAACUUUGAAAAGAGAAAGGACUCUGAGAAGCUUCCAGCUGUGGGAUUUCAACCAUUCGCAUUGUCACACCAGGAUGAGGAAGAAAAGGAGAAGAACAGACCAAGAGCCAGACCCCUAUAUGAUACCUUUGUAAGUGGAGGUACUGAGCGAGAAGGAGGGAGAGAGAGGGAACCGCCACCAAAGAAAGGACAUACAAUAUAUGUUAAUGGCAAUGGCAUCUCAGAAGACAUUCUUAGGAAAGCUUUCAAAGAUAUUGGUACUAUAUCACAUAUCACAAUGGAGAAAGACAAAAAUGUUGGUUUUGUAACCUUUGAGUCGAUGGAUGCAUCAGACAAAGCUAUAGCUGAGGUAAAUGGAGCUAUGUUUGAAGGAGUCCAGUUACGAGUUAGUAUGGCCAGGAGACAGCCAACAUUUGAUUCUCAGUCCAAUGAACCUCAGUCAACAGCUUCAUGGUCAACAAUAGCUGCCAGUUCAUCACAGAAAGGUAACCAUAGAGAUAGAAGAGGACAGGUGCAUUAUGAAGAUGAAGAUCUUUUUGGAUAAAAAGUGUUAACACAUGUGUGAAUAGUGUGAAAAUCUGUUUGGAUAGGAAGUGUUUACACAUGUGUGAAUAGUGUGAAGAUCUGUUGGUUAGGAAGUGUUUACACAUGUGUGCAUUGUGUGAAGAUUUUAAACAAGCAUUGAAUGAUCUGAAGAUUUAAAUCAUGUGUGAUUGGUGUGAAGAUCUAAAACAA